GCGGCCCUGUCGCAGUUGCUUUUCUUUGCCAAACAAUACUGAGAAAAUUGAUCUAACCAACUAUUUUUAUCUUAUUCUUAAGAAAAUUAGGUAGAUCUUUAUCAAAUAUUGUAUUUAUAUGUACUAGUCAUUUUGAUAAUGUGAUAGUAAGUUUACCCAUGGCGUCCAAUUUGCAAAACUCGCCUGUUCAGCAGCAUUUUGUGGAGGAGAUAGAUUACAGUGAAAUAGAGGAAAUAGCGAUUGUAGGUAAAGGUGCAUUUGGAGUAGUUUGGAAAGGUCUAUGGCGGAACAAAUUUGUGGCGGUGAAGCACAUCAACUCUGAAUCUGAGAGGCGGGAGUUUGCUAUAGAAGUGCGCCAAUUGUCUCGUGUCUGUCACCCGAAUAUAGUGAGGCUAUAUGGAGCCUGCACUAAACGCAACCAUGUCUGCUUAGUUAUGGAGUAUGCCGAAGGAGGAUCCUUGUAUAAUGUGCUUCAUAAUCGUCCCAAACCCAAAUACACUGCAGCUCAUGCUAUGAGUUGGGCCCGUCAAUGUGCUGAAGGUGUAGCAUACCUUCACGCCAUGAAACCAAAGCCAUUAAUACACAGAGAUUUGAAACCGCCAAACUUGUUGUUGGUCGGAAGUGGACAGAGGCUUAAAAUAUGUGAUUUUGGCACUGCCGUUGAUAAAGCUACUUACAUGUCUAAUAAUAAAGGCAGUGCUGCUUGGAUGGCCCCAGAGGUUUUCGUAGGUUCAUCCUAUACAGAGAAAUGUGAUGUAUUUUCAUGGGGCAUCAUUCUUUGGGAGCUUCUCUCAAGGAGGAAACCAUUCGAUGAAGGAGGCUCAGCGUUCCAGAUAAUGUGGGCUGUUCAUAAAGGUACGAGGCCUAAACUGAUUGAGGGUUGUCCGCCGCCAAUUGAAAGGCUGAUGACACAAUGUUGGCACAUGGUGCCUUCCAAGAGACCUAGUAUGGCGGAGGUGGUGGAGAUGAUGACGUCGCUGUGCGAGUUUUUCCCCGGCGCCGACAAGGCCAUCGACUACAACGACUGCGAGCUGGACGAGGCGGAGAGCGACGACGACAUCUACGCGCGCUCGCCGCCCUCGGAGCCCGAGGUACUGCCCGGCGCCGGCGCGCGCAGCUUCGUCGGCGCGCAAGUCACCAAGCUGCAGAACUGGAUGGCCGCCGAAGCGCAUCCCAAAACUUCCGCCUUGCCCAGGGAAGAAGCGGACGGCUACAACAGGAUAGGGCCGGUCCGCAUCCCGCAACAAUUCCGAACCCCGGCCAUAAACAGAACAUCGAGCUCGCCCCCCGACAGAUGCGCCAGUGAAAGCAGCACCCCGCAAGAUAGCUUGCUCCUCGUGAGGAGCCCUAUAUUCAGUGAGAGUUCGUCCCCCAAAAGGCUAUCGCCCAUUGCCAAUUACAAUAUCGGCAAUAUGAACCCUAGGCAUGUGGACAUAGAACAGUAUUGGAACAGAGAUAAAUCUCCGGGCCGAUCGUCAGUCACUAGUAAUUCUAACUCUUUGAGACAGGAGGAUUAUAAUCAAAACUAUUGUGAUAGAUUAAGCGCAGGGGGCAGUCCGAUGAUGCCUAUAAAGGAAUUGAAUGGAAAUGCCCUGCAAAGACAGCCAAUACAAAAACCGUUAGAAAUAGAAGUGGAUCCUAAUGCGUGGGAGCUUCAGGAUCCAAAUAUUUACGAGGAACUAUUGGGAGUCAGGAACACUGCCGGUUUUGACAAAUUCUACCCGUUAGACAGUAGCGGGUCCACGCAGGGCUCGGGCGCGCCGCCGCCGGAGCCGGACCCCGCGCUGGACUCCAUGCACCUGAUGCUGGACCCUCAUCUCCGACCCAUCUCUCCGGACCCCACCAGCGAAGAGUCCAAGAGGAUCUACGAGGAACACAAGCAAAUGGCGCCGGAGUACCUUAGGGUCCAAACAGAAUUGGCAUAUAAGAGCAAGCAGAAGUCAGAAUUAGAAGCACAAAUGGAUGAAGAAGAGUUACGGCAGAAGAGAGAAAUUAUACAGCUAGAGAAUGAAAAGGAAUCGUUAAUUAAACUGUACUGCAGUUUGAAGAAGCAGAUAGCACGGGUGGAAAACGAUCGAUGGCUGCUAACCGACGACCUCCCGCACGAGUGACCGGCGUCCCCGCCUCCUCCGCCUCCUCCGCUGGACACGUCCGAACAAAUCCGUCAGUGACUUUCCCUACCUUGCUAAGACUAAUUUUCCACCGAAAGAGACAUAUCGGACCAAAUCCGAUGUCAAGAGGCUUUUAUUUUUCACACUGUAGACAGAACUAUUGAGGAACGUUGAUUACACAUGUCGUGUUUUUUUAUCUUUCUGUAUUUAUGGUUAAUCUCGGGGAUGGACUAAAGGGAAGAUGCCAUACGCCGCAGUUAACAUCGGACCAAAUCCGUCAGUUAGUUUCAUUCAAUUCUCAAACUACCUUUUGGCCCAGUGAUUCGAUGCUAAAAUUACUUAUGUUUGCUUCAAUGAAGAGCAAUGCAGCUAGGAAGACCCAGAAAAAGGUAUUUACUAAAAGUGCGAGUUUCUUUGUCAGAUUUAGGGAAAAUUCGAUUUUAAUUUUUGAACAUGAAAUGGCCUAAAACUGCACUAUGUAUGCGAAUUCAUGGACAAAUUUUAUUAUUGUAAGAAGAUUAUUAGAAAAUCACACCAAAGUGGAUCUAAUCAAAACUUGCACUUGAUCAUAGAUAAAAGAUAUUUUGUUACCUUUUGUAUUUCAACAAGAUCACGGCCUCUCUGACUCCAAAGUAAAAGAGAGAGGGAAGAUAUGCCAUAUGGCUAGUCCAAUCCUUGCAUUUUGCUAAUCAUUGUCGAGGCAUCAACCCAGUUUAUUUUCGUUCAGAUACAGGUGGAGUAUAUAUCUUGAAUGAAUCUUUAUUAUGCCACGAGUUUGACACUAGGUAACUUAUUUUAACACUUCCUUUCGGAGUAAGUCGAUGUUUGAUUUCUCCCUUUCUAUUAGUUCCUACUCGGAUUUGACACACAAGCGUGAUAGCCUUAUUACUUACCACUGCCACUGUACUUGCCACUACAAAGCCACUGAUUAGUGCGUGAAUAGAUUGGACGCUAGCGGAGGCCGUAGCGACUUACGUAAUGAUCUCAGUCACACCAAACGAGCUUCCAUCAAAGCUAUACCCGAAUUAUUACAAUGCAUGUUUUGUCACUAGAUAUUAUUAUUAGCGUUUUAUAAUCACAUUUGUAUCACAGAUAUCGUAUUAUUUUAUUAACAAUCUUGUAGCCAAAUCCUUAACGAAUUAACAUUAUUUUCAUUACAGAGUUUUGUAAUUUAAAAAGUUUGAGUUAGCCAUGUUUUAUUCAAGUUGAACCACCAAUUUUAUCGAUUUUAUUUACCUUUAUACCCACUCUUCGUAUAUUCGUGGAUAAUACGAAUUGUAUAAAUAUCGUCUGUAUUAUUGCAAAAGCACGUUUUAGUGCUUAUAUUGUGAAUGAAUAAUAUGAAUUUACAACAAAUUAUGUAAACAAAAAACGAUGUAAAGAAAGUUUUUGUACUUUUGUAAGUAAUCAUAUUUAUUUUGUGUGUAUGAUGUUUUGAUGUAUAAAUGUACUAUAGUUUUAGUUAUAGAUACCUAAGUGUAAAAUGUUAAGUUUAAUAA